GACUUCCUCCUUUUCCGUCCCGUCUGGUCCGCUGAACAUAACUGUCUACACCUCAUUUUUGACAGAAAGGGAUAGCUGAAGUAUAAUUACAUCGUGACCCGUACACAAUGGCUUCUAUCGAUAUCCAGCGCCCCCCUGCAUAUCCGACUUUCAACUUUGAUCCGUCAGUUGCGCCUCCGACAAGUAAAUGGGUCCCUCCCCGUUGGAUGGUGGAGCAUGACAGUGCUCCCCAGACUCCCAAAUAUGCUAAUGUCAAUGGUUUGGGUGAGCCAUGGGACCCCCGUCGACCGGUGUUCAAGGGUGUCGAUCUGACCAAGCCUGACCCACGUAUCAGAGUACCUAGCGUUGAGAUGAAGGCUGCCAACGGUAGCGACGACAGCGUGGUUGCCUUCGUUGAUGUCAAUAUCAUCGACUCGACAGGGAAGGAGCCAUAUCAUGGAGAUGUCCUCGUCAAGGGCAAGCGCAUCAUCAGCGUCGGCGAUAAGCUCUCUCCUGAGACCUUGAAAGGAGCAAGAGUCUUCCAAGGUAAAGGUCGUACACUCAUGAGUGGUCUCUGCGACGCUCAUUCUCAUAUGAGCUUCAAUAACUCGGAGACUAUGGACGGUCUGACAAACUUGGAUAUCGAGGAACAUACACUGUUUACCGCUCGCAGUGCACAUAUUUUCCUUGACUGUGGUUACACUAUGUGUCUGGGCGCUGCAUCGGUAAAACAACGACUUGAUAUGGUCGUCCGAGAUGCCAUUAAUCAAGGACAGAUCCCUGGUCCGAGAUACCUCGCUAAUGGCCAAGAGAUGGCUCCUCCUGAUGGUGCUUUGAUCCCUGGUAUCACAAAGUUCGUGAAUGAUGCCGACGAUAUCGUAAAAGCCGUGAAGGUGAUGGCAGGGGAAGGUGUGGAUGCGGUUAAAUUUUCGAUGAGUGGAGACGAAAUUCUCGAUGACCUCAGGGCUGAGGAUACUACUUUCCCGGACGACAUGGUCGCAGCUGGUUCUGAGGCUGCCCAUGCAUGUGGAAUACGUGUUUGCUCACAUGCUCGCUCCGAUGAAUCUGUCGUCCAGUGCUUGCAAUAUGGCGUAGAUAUCAUUUAUCAUGCGUCCUUCGUUUCGGACUCUACCAUGCUCGCUCUCGAAGCUCAGAAAGAUCGUGUCUAUGUAGCUCCAACUCUGAACUUCCCUUAUGCAACAGUGCAUGAGGCUCAGGCCAAAGGAUUCCCCGUCACAAACUCUCAGCAGACUGCGUACACCAGAGAGCUUGAUAUCGCGAUUGCUACUAUGAGGGAGAUGAAGAAAAGAGGUAUCAAGAUCAUGCCUGGAGGCGACUAUGGUUUCGCCUGGACUCCUCACGGCACAUAUCGCGAUCUCGAACAUUUCGUCAAGCUGCUCGGUUACACUCCGAUGGAAGCCAUUCUGUCUGCAACAGCCCUCGGUGGAGAAAUCAUGCUCCACCCGAACGAGCUAGGUAAAGUCCAGCCUGGGUAUUACGCCGACCUCUUGCUAGUCAACGGAAACCCACUCGAGGAUAUUUCUUUGUUGUCCAAACGCGAGAAUCUCGAUGUUAUCAUGAUCAAUGGCAAAGUUCAUAAAGAGACGAUCGGUGAUCACCCUCUCCAGUAUGAGCUCGAGAAGAGCCUCGCUAAGUAGGAGGGGGAAAUGGAGCAAAACUGAGUGACAAGGCAUACAAGACCUGAAUUUCGUAUUCUGAAUCACGAAUUGAAGUCGAGUCCUUUGACUUAUGCGUAUGUCGCAAAAAUGAAGUGGACUGUAACUUACCUCGUAUGUAUUUCCGUGCUUGAACUUUACUACAUGUAAAGCAUUAUGCAGGCCCUACUAUUUAUGCUCCUAGUACUUCAGUGUAUCAUUACUUGCCUUCCAAUGACUUGCGUAAAAUCGU